CUUGCGCCUGCGCAGGAAGGGUUUCCUUUCUCAGCGGCGGCGCCGGGCAGGGAGAUGGCUAAGCGCACCAAGAAGGUUGGGAUUGUGGGUAAAUACGGUACCCGUUAUGGUGCAUCCCUUAGGAAAAUGGUGAAGAAGAUCGAAAUUAGCCAGCAUGCCAAGUAUACCUGCUCCUUCUGUGGCAAGACCAAAAUGAAGAGGAAGGCUGUGGGUAUCUGGCACUGUGGAUCCUGCAUGAAGACAGUUGCUGGUGGUGCCUGGACUUACAACACCACCUCUGCAGUGACAGUCAAAUCUGCCAUCAGAAGACUGAAGGAAUUGAAAGACCAGUAGAAGCCACAUUGUUGUAAAACAUCCUUUUUUUUUUUUUUUUCCUCCACUGUUGAGAUCUGUCCUUUUAAAAAUAAAAAGGUG